AUAAUGGGCAUCUGUAAUUCAAGAAAAAAAAUUUAAAAUGUUAUCAAUCCAAAUCCUACUUCAUAUUAUUCCUCAAACCCUUCCAUUUUAUAAAAGAUAACCAAUACAAAAGAAAGUAUUUAAUAACCUAUUUACAAUUCAAUUGUUCCUCGUCAACCAUAAAAUUAUGAUCCUUCAAGUAAAUAUUAUUCUUAUUCAAGAUCCUCAUAGAUAAUUUAAUGUUCUUAUAAACGGGGUGCGGUUUGAAAUUAUUAACUCAAUUGAAGAAUGUAUUUUUUCAAUGGAAAGUCUAGAAGAAUGACUAAUCACCUAAAACUCAAUAAAAUAUAUGAUUAUAUGCCU